UCUGAGCACAUUGUUCCAAAACUGAAAAUUGAAAUCCAAAUUAACCAAAUAAUUCCAGAUCCACAAUCUAAUCCAUAUCUGUGAAACCAGCCAUGAUCUUCGGAAGAUUUCCUUCAAAUUGUUCGCUUAAACCCGUAUACUUUCACUCAUUUCUCAGCGCCAGCCAUCAAAUUCGAUGCUUUUCCGCAUAUCCCAAAUUCGAUUUCAGCCGCAUACGUGAGCCCGAUGAUGCCAUCGAUCAAUUCCGGAAUAUGUUAAGAAUGCAUCCGCUCCCUUCUGUCAUUGAUUUCACCAAGUUAUUGAGUGUUGUGGUCAAGAUGCAGAAAUACUCACUUGCCCUUCAACUGUUCGACGAAAUGCUUCAGAGGAAAUCUCCGGUGAAUGACUAUACCUUGAAUAUUGCCAUCGAUUGUUUCUGCCGACUGAAAACACCUGAUUUUGGGUUUGCAAUUUUAGGCAGAUUCUUCAAGCGUGGCUACAAGCCUGAUGUGGUAACUUUUAACACUCUCGUCAAAGGCCUUGUAUUGGUCGGAAGGAUCCCAGAGGCUGCAAAGCUGUGUUGGAAGUUGUCUGCGGAGAAACUGUGCAAUCCGGAUGAAUAUACGUAUAAUACUAUGCUUAAUGGGUUAUGCAAAGCUGGAGGUACUCUUGAGGCGCUUGAACUGCUUAGUCGAUUGGAAAAGGGAAGCUAUAAACCUAAUGUUUAUGCUUACAGCAUAGUUAUUAACGGCUUGUGCAAAGAUAGAAAGGUUGACGAUGCUCUCCAACUCUUCUCCACCUUGGGUGAGAAGGGGAUUUCACCCAAUGUUGUGACAUAUAAUUCAAUAAUUGAGGGGUUAUGCAAUCAUAGUAGAGGAAAAGAGGCUGAAGACAUGUUAAGGAAGAUGAUAUCGGAUAAUGUUCGCCCAGAUGUGUUUACUUGUAAUAUUUUUGUAGAUGCCCUUUGCCGAGAGGGGAGGAUGGAAGAGGCUGAGCAUAUGCUGGUCAAGAUGAGGCAAAUUGAUGUUCAACCCGACAUUGUUACAUACAAUGCAUUGAUGAAUGGAUAUUGUUUGCUGGGCGAGGUAGAAAAAGCUAGAAACAUUUUCCAACUCUCGGUGAAAUCUGGAAUCAAGCCUAAUGUUAGAAGCUACAAUAAUUUGAUGAAUGGGUACUGCAAGUUAGGACGAACUGAUGAAGUCAGUCGUAUUUUUACCAUGAGUCGCUCUAAAGGGUUAGAGCGUGAUGUGGUUUCUUAUAGCAUAAUGCUAGAGGCCUUAUUUGGUGAAGGCCGGUGUGAAGAGGGCUUGAAGCUGUUCAAAGAGAUGGAAGCUCUACAAGUUUAUCCUGAUACAACAACUUAUGGAAUCUUGUUACAUGGUUUGUGCAGUGCUCAUCGUAUUGAUGAAGCAUUUUCCAUAUUGCAUACCAUGGAAAACAAAGGCAUCAUUCCAAACAUAGUUAUUUAUGAUAUCCUCAUCGAAGGAUUGUGCAAAGAUGGCAAACUCAGACAAGCAAAGGAUGUGUUUGACGAGCUUCCUUCCAGAAAUGUGCAGCCUGAUGUUAUAACAUAUACAAGCCUUAUUGGUGCAAUUUGCAAAGAAGGGCAGGUAGAAGAGGCUAAGGAUUUGAUGGUGCAAAUGGUGAAUAAAGGGUGCUUGCCCAACAGCGUGACUUACAAUAUUUUUGUUCAAGGUCUUCUCAAAUGGAAUAAGUUGGAUGAUGCGAUUCUUGUCUUGAAAGAGAUGAUUGCAAGAGGGGGAUGCACACUUGGCGCCACCACUAUUUCGAUGUUGAGUGAAACUCUGCGAAGGGAGGAUAAUGAUGGUGUUCUUUUUGAUAUGGUUGUUAAACUUUUACCAAAGAAGGUAUAUGUAGUCUUUGAUGAGACAAGGAUGCCAUAUGCUGAAAAGGAAAAGAGCGAGGAGGGAGCUGAUCUGGAGGUGGAGCUGACAAAUCAACAAAAUAGUGAAUAUCAGCAUAAUACUGAUACAGGUCAAGGUGUGUCAGGAACACCAAUGAAUAGAAGAUAUGAUGUGCAAGCUGAUAAUAUACAAAAGCAGAACAGUAUAUAAGCUGGCUAGAGAUAGACCAAGAAGAAAUGUAAAGCUUCAGAGAGGUACAAUGACUAUGAGAUGGUAUUCUAUGCAUUGUGUGUUGCAGAGGAUAUCUUAUUUGAUGAACCAGCUACUUUUCAAGAGGCAAUGAGAAGUAUAGGGAAGAGUUGGUGGAUAAAAGCAACGGAAGAAGAAAUUGUGUCCUUGCUCAGAAAUGUAACUUGGAUUCUGGUUGAUAGAUCACUUUUACAGAUGGCUGUAGGUUGUGAAUGGAUAUUCAAGAAGAAAGUUGAAGUGACUGGAAAGGAUCAAAUCAGGUUUAAGGCCCGGCUUGUUGCAAAGGGCUACACACAACAAGAAGGGAUUGAUUACAACGAAGUGUUCUCAUCCGUUGUUAAACAUAGUUCCAUCAGAUUUAUGCUUGCUGAUGUCAACCAAUUGAACCGGGAACUCCAUCAACUAGAUGUAAAAACAGCUUUCCUAAAUGGGGAACUGGAGGAAACUAUAUACAUGGAGCAGCCAUAAGGUUUCAGAGUGAAAGGAGAAGAAGAUAAAGUAUGCUUGCUCAAGAAGAGCUUCUAUGGACUCGAACAAAGUAACAGACAAUGGUUUGACUCCUAUCUGGCAGACAUUGGUUUCCAGAAAUUAGAAUAUGAUAGUUGUGUUUAUCUCAUGAUGAAAGAUGGAAGGGCUGCAGUUUCAAAAUUCAAGCAUUGCUUGAAGCUGGUAGGUGUGGUUGCUUGUUAAGGUGAAGUUAUGAAGAUGGAGGGAGCCACACGAAUCACGAUCAUUUCAAGUCCAAGGUGGAGAUUGUUAAGAUAUGUGUCCCUGAAAUGGAUCGAUCCAGGGGCCACUAAAUGCGGAUAACUUCCGACGGGCACUUCCGAGCUUUUUAAUUCAAACUAACUAGAUGGAUGGCUGGGAUGAAUGGGCAAUGUUGGGUUAAUCUGGACCGUUGAUUCAGAUGAACUAAAGUGGAGCUGGUUUGUUACUCGAUCCAGAUCAGAAAAGAAAAGCUUGUCCUCACCCAACAUGGGAUUGGAGUGUGAGCAGAUGGCGCGUUGUAACUUAUAGCUAUAGGAAAAAUGAAAUAAAUGUUUCAUAUAGGUACUCGAGUAACUUCUCUCAUGGUUUCAGACCAAGAGCAUGUAACAUGGUGUCAAUCAAUAAUAGAAUGAAAUUUUAGUU